GGCUCGGCAGCAUGUCGGCGGCGUUGCUGCGGCGCGGCCUGGAGCUUCUGGCGGCGUCCGAGGCUGCUGGUGCCGCCCCCGGCCAGGCCAAGACGACGGGGGCUCCGGGACGACGGACCCGGAGGGCGAGGGCGAAAGCCUCCCAGGCCCUGAAACUACGAAACUCAGCGAAGGGAAAGGUGCCAAAGUCCGCACUAGCUGAGUACCAGAAACGACAGUGUCGAGACCACCUGAAAGCAAACCUGAAGUUUAUGACCAGCGUGAGAAGCACCAUGCCAGACUCCGUGACCCAGCAGAUUCUGCAGCAGAACCAAGGUCGCAAAGCCUGUGAUCGGCUAGUGGACAAGACGACAACGAAGAAGAAGAAGAAGAAGAAGGCUGAGGGCACUGUGUUCACUGAAGAAGACUUCCAGAAAUUCCAGAGGGAGUAUUUUGGCAGCUAGCCUUCCUGGCAGUCAUAAAAGGCAUUAACCUCUCCUGACUGCCAUGCCUUUGCUGUCCCUGCAGUGCUGUGCCAUGGGUGACCAGCAGGUAGCAGUGCAAAUCUAGCCUGGCUCAGGAAGCCCUAGAGCUGCUAUCCUAGGGACAUUGGACCAGACAGAGCUGCAAGCCCUGCAGCAGAUUCGCCCUCAAGUUGAAGCAGACUUCUGGUUUGGGCAGUCAACAGUACCCUUCCAGAAAAGAUUUCUGACCUGUUAGCUCUGACCCGGAUCCGGUCCUAAGGCUGUUUGCUGUGAAACAGGUCAGGUACUUGGCCUGCUCAGACCACACAUCCAGGGGCUGAAAAUUUGGGGUUCAAGUAAAUGUGGAUUUCAGCAGA